AUGCAGACGUCCCUUGCUUCCGGCCGACCUGUCCGACCCUCGGCUUGUAGGGGUGGCCUCGGCCCCCACCAACAGUUUCGGGUUCCCCUUCCCGACGUACCUCGACCCCACCCUCGACCCUCGGGACUCUCCCUUCCGACGCCUCGUACCUCCGCGGCUGUAUGCCCUGGACCCUGUACCACCCACCUGUCUUCCUCAAACCUCCCCUCCCUCCGUCAUGACUUCCUCUCGGCUAUAUUAACCUGCUUACUUACUUACCCUCACCUUCCUCUCCGUAACCUAUCGGACUUGACUCUCUUCCCCCUGUCUCUCGUCUCCAAACCUGUACCCGCCUCCCUGUACCCCUACCACCUGUGUCGUCUAUACGGUCCCCCCAAAGCCGCUCCCUACUACCGCGUGCUCUCCCCUCGUCUCGUACGUCCGCCCCUGCCCCAGACGUACUCGAAGUUCGAGAAACGGUCUGAAGAUACUUCAUCCUUCUUCUUGUACAAUUUUAUCGACAACAUGUCGGAGGCGGAGGUGCAUGCAAAUGAAGACAAGCUGCGGAAAUACUUCCGUCAACUGAAAGAUCAGAAUAUAACUGUGACACUGAACAUCUACAAAGGCAUCAAGAACCUGCUGCAGUCCUACCGAGUCCAAGAGCUCAUCAAGGAUGUGUUUGCUCUGGUGGACCACGAUGGCUCUGUGUCAGAUGCUGUCGGUAGCAUUGGGACUGAGGGCAGGUUGUAUUCUCUUGAGAAGAAGCUCGCCAAAAGGAAAGCAGAGACCCAACCAUUGGACAACAUUCUCAAACAAACCAUCCAGAGUCUCGUCACUGAGGAGAAAUUGGUGCGCGCCCUGGAGCUGAAGCACGUGCACGAGGACGAGAUGACGACCCCCGCAUACGCCAGCCUCAUCGGCCUGUGCUGUCGCCACAACAACGUGGAGGAGGCGCUCAACCUGAAGAGGGAAAUGACUCGUAGGGACACGUCAGCGAAGCUUGAUGGCACUAAAUACAUCGCACUGGUCCAGUCUCUCGCAAAGGACGACAGAAUGGAGGAGGCAGUGGAAUUCCUGAAGGAGAUGAAAGAGAAGAAGGUGGUGUUACAUGACAGACACACCACGCUGUUCUUCCACAUGCUCUUUUCUCUGGCGACCAAGGGCGGCGCCCCCGCCAUUCAGCGCCUGCAGGACUCCAUUUUCACCCUCGGACUGGCCAGGCCCAACUCCAACCUCCUCUCACCCCUGAUUACUGCAUACAUCGAGAGCCAGGACCUGUCCGGAGCUCUAGAAGCAGCCAUAGAAUGUCAGAAGCGCUACAACCACAUGCCUUCAGUCCACCGCAUCAUCGUGGGUCUGGUGGAGAAAGGGGACACUGAACUGCUGCAGAAAGAUUCUUUAGAACAGAUUCCCUAUAAUUAUGGAAACCUCAGCCUGGUGAAAAAGUUCAAGUUCAAUGUGCCGCAGGUGCAAGUGGCUCUGGAGUGUGUAAAGGUUGAAACCGUGCAGUGGAGCACCUCUCCACCUCCUUUACUUUCAUUUGACACACUCCCUCAUACACCAUUCCCCCCCACUUUUAUCUCUGAACCCCCCAAGAGGUCACAGAUCCUCAAAACCCCUGGGCUGAGGGCAAGGCCUGCGCGCAUGCAGUGGUUUGCAGAGAAAUGUAUAAAUACCAACAAGAGUGAGCCCUUGGAGCAGAUGGUGGACAUGACGGUGAAACUGUUCGAGUGCGACAGAGACGAGAUGUACAGUUACCUCCUCCAACAAUACGAGGCAACAAACGAGUGGAAGAAAGCAGAAGGGCUUUGGACGAAGAUGCAGGAAGAGAACAUCAUCCCCAGAGAGAGGACCCUGUUCAUGCUGGCCAAAAUCCUGAAGAUUAACGGCCAGGAGGUGCCCUUCGAUGUGCCCAAGACGUGGUACCAAGAAGAAGCCCCCCUGGCCGAGGUCAAAAGAGCGGCACCCAAGCUCAAAGUGGAAGAAGGCCCAAGCUUUCAAAGCCCUAUCAUUGCCCUCUGUAAGGAGGACAAAGCCCAAGAAGCCUUAAAGAUGUUUAAGGAAGCCAAUAAUAAGGGUUCGACAAUUAACGCCAUCACAUACGAUCACCUGAUCCGCUCGCUGCUGGCCGAGGGGUCCUUUAAAGACGCCAUGGCAAUCAAAAACAUUGCUCUAGCUCGUAUGCCAACGUUCCAGAUGAGUCCUGCUGCCAACGACCUGUACAUCAUCACCAACAGCAUGCAAGGCCACACUAAUGAUGCUCUGGAGAGGAUGAGGUCUUUGCUGCUGGCAAACCAGAUGCCCUCACAGCUCGCCAUCACCAGGCUGGUUCAGGCGCUCGGCAACAGCGGCGACGUGUCGGGGAUCCAGGAAGUGCAGCAGCUGAUAAAAGGCUACAGCAAGGUGGUCAACCUGUCCAGCAUGAUUUUUGUCAACAACACAGCGAUGGCACACAUCAAGAGUGGUGAUGUGGACAGUGCAAUGGAGGUGUUGGAGGCCGUCUACACCAAUCCAGACACCCAGAGCCAGAGCAUGGCCUUCGUCUUCAGAAAGACAAUGGAAGAUAACAAUGACAAAGCGUUGGACAAAUUGAGUGCUAUGGCAGAGCGGCUAGCCAAUCACUUCGCCUGCUACAGACCGGCGUCAGACCUCUUCGUGCAGCUGCUGGACGCCGACAAAGUGGAGGACGCCAAGUUCAUGCUGGCUCGCAUUAACGCUCUGGCAGAACAGACGGACGUGCUCGUGUCCUACAUGUCUCGGAAGUCUCAGACCCCCGGACAGCUCGGCAAGAUCAAGACCCUUCUGAGCCUGAUCCCAGACUUCACUGAGAAGGAUUUGGUGAACACGUAUCUGAUGAAAUGUCAUGUUACCGACAAAGACUUUUCGUCGGCCAAGGCCCUGUAUGAAGAGUGGCUGAAGAGCGGAGGGGAGAUAGACAAGCUGUCACUCAAACGGCUGGCCGUGAUGUACAGAGAGUCCGGAGAGGAGGUGCCCUUCGAAGAGCCCCCGGUGAGUCUCACACACACAUAUAUACAACUAAAUGUGAUUGGGUCCUCUACUUAAUACACUCAAACAGACCUCAACAACGUAACAGGUUAUUUGUCUCAAAGUCAAACAAGGAAACUGUGACUUUUCCCAGCUCGACUCCCAAGACGAG